UCUUAGAUAAAGUCUUCAGCGAUUUUUCUGGGCAGUUUGUUUUUCUCUUCUGUACUUUUACAACAUAAUCUACAUCUAUGCAUUAGAGUAUAUAUUAUUCUGCUUGUAGGUGCGUAACUCUUCCCACUCGACCCUUGAUCUCCUUUGGGGGAACUGUUUUAUGUUCAUCUGUAAAUCCCCAACUGUGAAAAUGCUGAAUGAUUGAAAUAGUUAUUGAAGAAACAGUUACGGAGAGUCACUGGGUGUAAGGAAUGAAGGAGAACUAGCAUUUGUGAAUUGCCUUCUAUAUGCUAAAUUUAUAGCACCGAUUGUUUUGCAAUAUUUAAUGCUCAUUAAGGCCCCAUUAUAAAUGGAUGGGCAUAGUCUUUGGCCGAAAGGAAAUCACCUUCUCCUGAGACCUUUAACAUUUGACAUAAGUAACUGAUGCCAUCCUAGUCUCCAUCUCCUUUCUUAAAGGGCAGGACCUUGGUCUAAUUAGCGUAGAACUCCUGUUUCCAUAGCAACAAGAGGUCCUUGACGAGUCAAGGGAGGCAGGAAGUGCAGUUUGCAUUUCCGGUUCGCGUCGGAGACGGCGACAACCCGGAAGUUGACGCGGCGCGGUUGCACAUGGCCGCGCCGGAAGAGUAUGCCGCUGGUGGUGUUCUGCGGCCUGCCGUACAGCGGCAAGAGCCGGCGCGCGGAAGAGCUUCGCGGGGCCCUAGCGGCCGAGGGCCGCACGGUGUACGUGGUGGACGACGCGGCGGUGCUGGGCGCGGAGGACGCGACAGUGUACGGCGAUGCGGCCCGUGAGAAGGCGCUGCGCGGGGCCCUGCGAGCCGCGGUGGAGCGGCGCCUCAGUCGCCACGAUGUGGUCAUCCUCGACUCGCUUAACUACAUCAAGGGCUUCCGCUACGAGCUCUACUGCCUGGCGCGGGCGGCGCGUACCCCGCUCUGCCUGGUCUACUGCGUACGGCCGGGCGGUGUGAGCGGGGGCCCUCGGGUGGCGGGCGGAGAGAACCCGAGCCGGAACGUCAGUGUGAGUUGGAGGCCGCACGCUGAGGAGGGAGGGAGACCUCUGGCGGCAGGCGCUGGUGUCCUCAGGGAGCCGCAGGCUGUGCAGUCGGUGGUAAAUGGGAGAGGCCAGGAGGAUGUACCUAAGGAACUGGAGCAGGAGGAAACCAGGGCGCCUGAUCUUCCAGCUCUCGUGACUCCAGAAUUCGAGAAAUCUGCAAAACAUGUGUCCAGUGCCUUUUACCCUCCCGAACUGCUGGAGGCCCUAAUGCUGCGUUUCGAGGCUCCAGACUCUCGGAACCGCUGGGACCGGCCCUUAUUCACCUUGAUGGGCUUAGAGGAGCCAUUGCCCCUGGCAGAGAUCCGGACUGCCCUGUUUGAGAACCGGGCUCCCCCACCCCAUCAGUCCACACAGUCCCAGCCCCUUGCCUCCGGCAGCUUUCUGCACCAGUUGGAUCAGGUCACGAGCCAGGUGUUGGCGGGACUGAUGGAAGCUCAGAAGAACGCAGUCCCCGGAGACUUGCUUAAACUUCCUGGCACUACGGAGCACCUGCGGUUUACCCGGCCGUUGACCAUGGCAGAACUGAGUCGCCUCCGUCGCCAGUUUAUUUCCUACACCAAAAUGCAUCCCAACAAUGAGAACCUGCCUCAACUGGCCAACAUGUUUCUGCAGUAUCUGAGCCAGAGCCUGCACUAACCAGAGAGGGCAGAGGGAAGACCAUGGCUCCUUAUCUAACUCCACUGCACUCUUUCCCUAGGAAGAAUAAUCUGAAGGUCUGCAGAGCAUAUUGAUGUGUGGUACUAGAGCUGUUGUGACUGAUUCACUCACGCUUUCCUGAAUGCCUCUGUGCCAGGCCUUGAGUUUACAGCAUAAAUUUGAAACUAGAGAGAAUGGAGAACUAGCUCAGAGGAUGGUGGCAAAUUUCUCCAGAGGACAGAGUUCAGGUGGACAGGACUUGCUUAGAUUGUGUUCUACUUGAGAUAGUGCACAGCGUUGAUUUUCCGCAUCUAAACUGUGGGAGAACAGACUGGGUGGAUGAAUUGUUUUAAAACAAU